AUGUUUCAAGACACAUUUGAGCCUUGCAAUCCGUUAGGUUCUUCCAAAAAGAAGCAUAAAACGUUGGGUGUUUACAUGAUUCUAGGCAAUUUGCCUACAUAUUGGUCCAGAGUUGAUAAUAUAUUGCUGGUUGCAUUGGUAAAAGAGGCCGAUAUAGAACAUUAUGGAAUGUCUGCAAUUUUUGACGUAAUUGUUAGGGAUUUACAAGUAUUGGAGUCAUUUGGUUUAGAACAUGAAGGUCAGAUUUUCAAGGGUGCUUUAUUUGCAAUGUUAGGCGAUAAUUUGGGUAGCCACCAAAUCGGUGGUUUCUCAGAAAAUUUCAGUACGUCGUCAUAUACGUGCAGGUAUUGCUACAUUGAAAAAAAGAAUAUUAACACAGUUUUAGAAGGUUUCAAAUUACGUACAAAACAAGCGUACGAAUCAGACUUAGAUAUGAAAAUGAUGAUAAACGAUAACCAAUAUAAGGGGAUAAAAAGUAAUUCUGUGUUAAAUUCUUUAAGUAACUUUCAUGUUUGCAAUCCCGGUUUACCUCCAUGCUUAGCCCACGAUAUUUUUGAAGGUGUCGUCCAAUAUGACUUAAUGAUAGGUUUAAAUGAUUUAAUAAAGAAAAAGCAUUUUACAUUACAAACCUUGAACCACAGAUUUCAAAAAUUAAAAUUAUGCAAUAGCACUACCGUGAACCUUCCUCUUUUUAAAGAUAAAAAUGAUAAACUACCAGGGACUGCUCAUGAGAAUAUGCUCUUUUUACAGUUAUUACCUUUUGCAGUAUCUGAUUUAAUAAACGAUUUCGAGGAUCCGACUUGGCAGAUGAUCUUAUUAUUAAGAAAACUUACAAACAUACUUUGUAACAAUACGGUGAAUUGCUUUGAUAAUUUAUAA